CCUGAGUUCUCUUUCCUAGAAUCCCUAAAUUCUGCUGACGCUGUGGUUGGACUCUCAGGAGAGCCUCUCUGGUUACGGCCCCCCAGAACACAGACAAACGCAAGCUCUGCUCGCUGGAAGGUGCAGCUGCUCUCAAAGACAGAUUUUAAUGUGAUACUGUCUUGGAAUAAUCGUUCAAACAGUUUAGAUUGGACUUCAAAUAAUUCCACGAAGAGAUUCAAUUUUACGACUGAGGACUUGACUCUGAUCAUCAAGGCAGCUCAGCAGCAGGACAGCGGUCUCUACGUCCUGGAGAUCACCGUUAGUUCUGGGAAAGUUUGGACAAGCCAGUUUCAAGUCUCUGUAUUUGAUCAUGUUGAGAAGCCCUAUCUGCAGGGGAACUUGACGGCCCUGGAGAGAGGGAUGUGCCAAGCAGUUCUGAACUGCUCAGUCUCCAGUGGUGGCAAUGUGAGCUACGCUUGGUACAGAGGGAGUGAGCUGAUCCCCACAUCAAGGAAUGUCACCUACCUGGAGGAGGAGACUGAUGUCAAUGGCUCACAUGUAUAUACGUGCAAUGUCAGCAAUCCUAUCAGCUGGGCACAUGACACCCUCAACUUCACCCGGGGCUGUUCGAGUGCCCAUCAGAAAUUCGUCUUUCUGCCCUAUUUGGUGAUCACCAUGAUUCUGCUAAUCACACUUUUCCUUGGCACCCUCACCUGCUUCUGUGUGCGGAAGAGGAAGAGGAAGCAGUCACAUACCAGCUCAGGGGAAUACUUGACAAUUUAUGAAGAUGUCAACAACCUGCAAAUCAGGAGAAAUCAAGAACAGUGGCAGAAUCCCCCUGGAAAAGGAAGCACCAUCUACUCCAUGAUCCAGUCCCGGUCUCUGUAGUCUUCUGCUUCCACAUCACAAGAAACUGCAAAUACAUUAUAUGCAUUAAUACAGCCUUCCCAGAAGUCUGGAUCCAAGAAGAGGAACCACAGCCCUCCCUUCAGUAGCACUAUCUACGAAGAGGUUGGAAAGAGACAACUCAAAGCCCAGAACCCUGCUCGAUUGAGCCGCAAGGAGCUGGAGAAUUUUGUAUAUAUUCCUAGUUGACACAGCUGCUCUCAUCUCUCUUACAUCCCAGCAUCUGCUUUGGGAAUCAGCACAAUGGAUGAUACCACAUGAGUGUCUGCAGAACAGUUUCUAGUUUGGAGAGGAGAUGAGAGUUUGUUCAUGGUCUAUAUAUAUAUAUAUUUUAAAUGAUUUCUAACAGCCAUUAUAAGGGCAAGGCUGUUAAAUAAUCUCUCUCAAUUUACAGACUGGACAAGAAUGGAUGGUGAGGUUAGGUAGUUCACAAAAGACCACACAGCAAGUCCAAGUACAGGUAGUCUUUCAAGUGCUAUGUAAACGUAGG